AAACACAAAAAUAACAUCAUGUCUAGCAUAAAAGAAAGACAGUUUUUUCUUCAGCUAUUGAGUUUCGUAACUGGUCCAGCAAUUGACGUAAUGCAACAUUAUUUCGAAGUGAAAAUACUGACCAAUAUUGAAUUCGAAGAUUUCCUUAAUGAUCCAAACAACAUUCAUCAAUUAUUUCACCAAUGUUAUCCAACAACACCUUGUUGUAAAUGCAUGACAGCAUCCUUGGCUUCGACUAGAAAAAGAGGAUGUUUACAUCUACAACAAUUCGAUAAAUUGUAUGACAAUUCUGGUUUACCUCAACCGAAACAUGAGAAUAAGAUGGGAUCUAAAAUUCUUCAACAUUGUAUUUGCAAAUUUUCCGCAAAAGGUUCAGUUACAGUUGACGAGCUCGAUAUCACGCUAUUCUAUGACGUUGUCCAACAUUGUUGUCCAUCAAAAAUGAAUUUUAUGUGGCGCAAAAAUAUCAAGGACGUGAGAAAUUUCCUCUCACAUAUCCCAAAUGGUCAGGUUAACAAUACAGAUUUCGACGAUAACUGGAAAACACUGACCAAUGCAACUUUAGGUUUUGCACGAGAGAUUGGAAAUAAAUGCAAGAAAAUGUUUCAGGAGAAAAUUUCAGAGAUUAAAAAUUCAUCAAUAGAGGUACUGAAAGAAAAGCUGAAAAAGUCAAAUGAGGAUCUAAUCAAGAUGUUAGAGUCUCUAAAUGGAAUAAAACAAACUACAGUUGAUGAAUGCAAGAAAGCAGUAGAAUUGAUCAAUAACAAGCAAGAUGAAAACUUCAAGGAACUGCUCGAGAAAUCCGACGAAAUAUCAAAGGACACAAAAGAAAGUACAAAUGAGAUGCGUAAAUUGAAUCAUAAAGUGGAUAACCUGGAGUCAAUUAUAAGAAUUGCAAUAGAAAAAGCUCUUGAAAAAACAAAUGGACAAACUUUGACUGAUGAUAACAGGGAAAUCACAGUUACAACAAAUGUAGACUCUUCCAGUUGGGACGAGGAGAAUACCAUUAAAAAAUUAUCGAAUAUAGUUAAAUCUGAAAGUGACAAAAAGAGUGGUGAUGCUGGAACGUUUCAGAUAAAAAAUGUUGAACAUAAAUGUAUCCAGCUGGACCUUGUUGCUUCCCCAGAUGUUUUCAAAACCCCAACAAAUCUACGUAAAGCUGUUAAAUCCCUCGUUCAUCAGCUAGUAGAAGCUGGAGAAAUUAACACUAAAAUCUCUGGCAAACUGGCAAUAAAUCUUGCAGUGAAAACUCCACUAACAAGAGAUGAGAUAGAUGUCGUUCAUGCAGUCUUUGACAAAAGUGAGACAUUUGAAGAAGAAGCUACAGGAGAGGGAAUUGACGUUAAACCAGUCUUAUAUAAGGGCUUCCCAUUGGUCGAAGCAUUGAAAACUGACCCUGAUCACUUUGACAAAUCCGGUUGUGAGUAUUUAAAUAUGUGCAAAAGAUGCGACAUUUGUAUGGCCAAGUUCAUAACAACACUAAAUACUACAGUGGCAAUUACUCAAACUUAUUGGUUUCAGUGCAAUUGCAUAUUGAAUGAUAUUAACAUUACUUGA